AUGGAAAGACCCAAGGAAAGGAAUGAAGUGAGUUCGUUGGCCGGGAAGAUCGUCGCCCUUGCCAGAUUCGUGUCACUACUCACAGAUAAGUGUGCCCCUUUCUUUCGGCUGUUGAAAGAGCAGUGGUGUAAGGAGAUAAUGUGGGGAACCGAGCAGGAAGAGGCAUUCAAACAGAUAAAGGCAUACCUCACAUCCGCGCUGGUUUUGUCAAAACCGAUCCCGAGCGAGAUGCUUUUCUUAUACAUUGCGGCAUCGCAGUUAGCGGUCAGCUCAGUGCUCAUAAGAAAGGAGUCCGACAUCGAGCAUGCAGUGUUCUACACCGGGAAAGGAUUCAUACCGCCCGAGAGCAGGUACCCGGACGUCGAGAAAUUAGCCUUGACACUUAUCGUAACCUCUAGAAGGCUCAGACACUAUUUCCAAGCACACUCGAUAACCCUUUAUACCAACCACCUCCAGAGGCAGAUCAUGCAAAAACCAGAGAUCAGUGGGAGGCUAGUAAAAUGGGCCAUUGAGUUGGGAGAAUUUGAUAUCCAUUACCGGCCAAGAGUGGCUAUCAAAGGCCAAGCAGCGGUCGACUUUAUAUUCGAGCUCACGCCCAUGAAAGUAAUGGGGCAAUCAGCCGAGUUCACGCCCAUGGAAGUGGUGGGAGAAUCGUCCAAGGUCAAACGGGAGGAAAGUGAUCCUGGGCCGGCCGUGAAGGCACACAUUGAGGAGCCACCGACGCCACUUUGGAAGCUUUUUAUUGAUGGCUCGGUGACGAGAAAUGAAAGCGGGGCGGGAAUAAUAUUGGAGACCCCCGAUGGAUUUAAACACAAGUACGCCCUGGAAUUUCAGUUCAAGACAUCAAACAAUGCGGCAGAGUACGAAGCCUUAAUUGGGGGAUUGCAACUCACCCGAGACAUCGGUGUGGAGAGAGUGGAAGUGUUUAGUGAUUCACAGUUGGUUGUAAAUCAAGUCAAUGGGAGCUUUGAAGCUAAAGAGCCUCAGUUACACUCUUACCAAGCGCUAUCAAAAGCCUUCAUGCUGCGUUUCAAGUCGGCCUCUCUCUCUCACAUGCCCCGUAAGGAAAACAGUAAUGCAGAUGCCCUCGCCCGGCUAGCCACCGGAGAGCUUGGGAAAGGCAGAAAGAAGGCAAGGAUUGAGGUGCUAGGAAAACCGAGUAUCAGUAAAACAAUCUCGGAGAUAUUCAUGAUCGAGGCGGGACUCGGAGAGCCUACGUGGAUGGACCCCAUAAUCGUGUUCAUGAAGGAGGGGGUGCGCCCGGAGGACAGGCAGCAAACACGAAAAUUACAAUCGAGAUGUGCAAGGUACACACUCAUGGGCGGGAAGCUAUACUGCUGA